CGCAGCGGAGGAGCCGGGGGCGGGGGUCCAGCCGCAGAUAAACGGGCGGGGAGGCCGGCGGGGCACAGGCUGGGUAGCGGCGGCGUCAUGAGCACCUGGGGCCCGAGUCCCGCGGCGGCGGCGGCCCAGGACGCGCACCCGGACCUGGCGGCGAUCGCCUCGGCCUACCAGCGGUUCGAGCCCCGCGCCUACCUGCUCAACAACUACGCGCCCCCGCGGGGGGACCUGAGCGACCCUGACGGCGUCGGGCCUUGGAAGCUGCGCUGCCUGGCGCAGACCUUCGCCACCGGAGAGGUGUCUGGACGCAGCCUCAUCGACAUCGGCUCAGGCCCCACCGUAUACCAGCUGCUCAGCGCCUGCGCCCACUUCGAGGACAUCACCAUGACCGACUUCCUGGAGGUGAACCGCCAGGAGCUGGGGCUCUGGCUGCGGGGAGAGCCUGGGAGUUUCGACUGGAGCGUGUACAGCCGGCACGUCUGCCUCAUUGAGGGCAAGGGUGAGUCCUGGCAGGAGAAGGAGAACCAGCUGCGAGCCAAGGUGAAGCGGGUCCUGCCCAUCGACGUCCACCAGCCCCAGCCCCUGGGCGUUGGGGGCCUGGCGCCCCUGCCCGCCGAUGCCCUGGUCUCUACCUUCUGCCUGGAGGCAGUGAGCCCUGACUUUGCCAGCUUCCAGCGGGCUCUGGACCACAUCACCACACUGCUGAGGCCUGGGGGGCACCUCCUCCUCAUCGGGGCCCUGGAGGAGUCGUGGUACCUGGCCGGAGAGGCCAGGCUGCUGGUGGUGCCCGUGCAUGAGGAGGAGGUGAGGAAGGCCCUGGUGUGCAGCGGCUAUGAGGUGCGGGACCUGCGCACCUACACCAUGCCCGCCCGACUCCGAACGGGCGUGGAUGACGUCAGAGGCAUCUUCUUUGCCUGGGCUCAGAAGAAGGUCGGGGUGUGAGGCCCUCGGCCGCCCAGAUUCUCUGUGACCCGAGGUGGUGUCUAAUAAAGAAA